AUUCAUUUGGCUUAUUAUUGUUGAUGUAUUGAUUAUUGUUGAUAAAAUGAAAUAAAAAAAUGCUUUUUCGUAAUUUUAGUUUAUUUGACAAAAUCGUAACAUCCGCUUAUCGUAAUUAUGUAAAUAGUUAGUGAAUUUAUAUUUAGGUCUUAAAGGUAUUACAUGUAUUGAUGGUAACGGAAAUAAUGGAAGAAAAAAACAUAGAAUUUGCUGCUAUAUUGAAGCAGUUUGGCUUAGAUGUGAGUUAUAUGACACUACAGUUCAAGAAGGAUAUAGACAAGAACAUCAAGCAGUUAAUUAAUUUGGAUACCCAGAAAUUUUGUAGUGCCUUAGCUGAUCUUUUUUAUGAGUUUUCCACUAAUACUGUAUUAUUUAGUAAGAGUUUAGAGGCAAAAAUCAUUGAGAGCGGCAAUGAAGAAACUUACAAAGACAUUAUUUUGAAAUUGCAAAAGCUUUCCGCUGAUUAUAACUGUACUUGUAAUAAAGAACAACGUACUCCGAUAGAACCUGAUAGUUCAGCUCUAGACAAGGACACCCCUUCGACAGGUUGCACUAGAAAUUGUGAUUUAGUUUCUCAAUUAUCCGAACCAAGUAGUAUUCAUAUAGAAGAUGUGAAGGACGAACUAGCCGCGGAGAUAUCAAAUAUCCCUGCUGAGUCUCAAUCAGGAUCUCAUCACUCUACAGUUGAAUCUACUUCAUCUACGGUCAUCUAUGACUGUAAUUCUGCAGAGCUAAUACAGCACGAUCAACAGUCGACAUCCCAAAAUGACCAACUAGAUAUAUUUGAACAACGCACAGUUCCUAACUCUCCUGUAAAUGAGAUCCAAAAUGAUAACAAUAAACUUACGAAUCUUAAUGAAUUGGUAGCAGCUAAUUUAAAGGAAUUAUCCCAAAUACAGAAUGAAGACCCAGAAAACAAUCAGCAAAAUAGCAGUCCUAGGUCUAGCAAGGGGAAAUUGUCCAGUAUCGAUGAGUCUGAUGACUCCGAUGUUGAAUUUGUUCAGAAUGAUAAAGAUUCUGGAAAAGACAAAAAUGAUAAGGCUGUAGCAAAUAAGGAGCGAGAAGGCCCCUUAAACUGGGACUCUGAUUCUACCAUGGAAAAUUUACCUAAAAGCAAUGAUGUCCAAGACACUAAUAAAUUACUAGACUCCGACUCGACUGCUGAUGGUCUUUCUCCUGCCAGCAAUUAUUUAAGUGAAGAUCGGGAAAAUAUUAAAAGUCCCGUUGAGGCAAGCCAGCAAUUUUCUUUAAAUACUGGAGUCAUUUUUGAUGCAGAGACUGAACCAAAUAUAAACACUGAAAAACCGCCAAACCAAAAUUCAAAUACUGAAAGUAAUCAUGAGAGUAUUUUCGAUGCGGUGACCCAAGUUAACGUACCUGAGAAAGUUAAUGAAACAGAUGUUUUUAAUCAAGCAACGCAGGUUGCUACUAAAGAAACUGAUGCCAAUAAAUUGGAUACCAGUGAUCAUAUUUUUGAUGAAAUGACUCAGUGUAUCGAAAAGGAAAAGCUGUUAACCAAAGAAGCAAUAGCACAGCCAACUAUUUCAAAUGAAUUUAAUCGAAAUACUGAUUCUCCUGAUAGUUUUUCAAGUGACCCGGUCAUCGUCACUGAGGCCGAGUUUGAUAAUUUUACGCAAGAAGUUAUGGCUAAUAUUCGAACAGAAGGCCUAAAUAGGCCGGACAACAGUGAGAGUAAAGAAAAUGAAAGUAACACUAAUAAUACUGAAGAUAUUUUUAAUGCGGCAACACAAGCCGUUUCGAAUACAGGGGGAACAACUGAUAUCUUUGAUGAGGAGACACAAGUUAACUCGUCUAAAUCUGAUAACCACGUUGCCACAACCGAUAUUUCUAAAGUUACCGAUAACGUCACUAACCCAACCUCUUUGAUUAAUCCUACAGAUGCUGAAAAUGAGGACAAAUCUGACGCCACAGACAAUGAACAUGGUACGGCGCCCGAUGAUGGUGACGUUUCUGGCUCGGAUAGCUCAGAUGGGAAUUUAAAUACUAGUAAGUCUAAGAAGAAACUGAAGGAUAAGGAUCGAAAGGCGCUUUUUAAGGUGAUUCAACAAUAUUACAUGAAUCGAAGAAAAGAGAAGUUACAGCAAUCUAAAAACAUCGAGGAUAGUCAAAGUAGCAGCGACGAGACAACCGUUGUAAAACCUAUCCGCAAAACACCCCUUAAACGAGAUAGAAAGUCGCCAAAAGGAACUUCAAAAAGCAGUGAGAAAAUGGUCAAAACUACCGAAUGUAAACCUGCAGAUAAGGUCAAAAAAUCCUUGUUUGACCAUAAUUCUGACACGAGUAUUGCUAAAAAGAACAUUGAUUUUGCGUCAGAAAACUCAGACGAUAUGUUUAAUGCCCCAACCCAGAAAGCUGAUAUUAGAGUGCUGAACAAGUUAAGCAUAGAAGAAGCAGAGAAGUUAAGUGAAAGCGAUAGCAGCCAGUCAGUCAUUCUGAAGCGAAAGUCAGUUCGGCCAUUAUCAGAAACCCAGAGUGAUUCAGAUAUGCGGCCAGAUAGCGAUGGUUCUGACGUGGCAAGUCCAUUCAAGAAAAAAGCAGUACGACCGUUAAAAUCCACGCAAUCUGAUUCGGAACCAGAAAUUGAAGAAAAGGGAGGAACUAAACGGCUUCUAAGUGAUAAUGAGGUUGAAAUUCAGGAAAAAGCAGGGUCAAAGCUCUUGGAAGGAACUGAUUCCAAUUCAGAUACCGCCACCCAGCCUGUUAAAAAACGAAAGAUGACACCUGGGAAUCCUGAAGGAAAUGGUCUAAAUGAGAGCUUGGACCUUUUAGAUAUGCUUGAAGAACACGCAAAUAUUAAUCACCCAAGUAGUCAAAAUAUUUUAAGCGUAGAACCAGAAGACAAACACGAGUCUAGUAAGGAAUCGAGUCAGUUUAAGAUGGGAGAUGCAGAUAGAGAUUGCUUGCUAAAUAUGUUGCUAGAAAAAGAACGUGAUAGUGAUAAAAAAGAAGAAAACAUGGAGGUGGAUAGAGGUACAACCUCGAAACCGAGUAAACUGGAUAAGGAGAGUUAUGCAAUUGAUGAUAAUAGUUCAAAUGACCAAUCGGAUCAAGCUGACAAAAUGAUGGAGAAUGGCAAAUCCGACUCAAAUCAACCUAAGUCCACCAAGAAGAAAGCAUCGACUAAAAAAUCUCAGAAAAUAUUUAAACUGGACGAAACUGAAAAGGACGAACUAGUUAAAAUAUUGAGCGACCACUUGAAAGAAAAGGAUACUGACAGUAGCAAGGAAUCUUCAGAUUCUGAAAAAGAAGUUAACGAUCAGGUAGGCCACAAGAGGAAAUCAUCAAAGGAAGACAACACAAAAGAUAAAAAAAGAAUGAAGAAAGAGGUUGGAAGGGAGGAAUUGUUGGAGCUAGUCAAGGAUUUUGAAGAAGCUGUAAAUAAGGAAAAAGAUUCAGAUGCAGACUCAGUAUUACUGGAAGUUCUAAGGGAAGAACCUUUGGAGCAAGAUAAAACGAGUGGCGGUGAUAUAUGGAAUAUUUAUGAUACACUGAUAAAUGAUGAUAAGGAAUUGGUUGAUGGAUCGGAAUCAAAUUUAUCUGACGCGGAAGUGGAAAGGCUGUGCCUUUUCGAACGAGAAAAACACAAAAAAUCCCAAAAACAUCGAUAUAUUGAAUUGCGAAAACAAUUCGGAAUGGAAAAAGAGUUGUAUGUUAAGGUCACUCGAGAAGAUUUCUCUGAGUAUGAUGGGUAUGAAAAGUUUAAACGUCGCAGAACCGGUUCUACGACUAAAGGAGUUACUAAAAGAGAUGAAAUAGAAAGACUGUGUGACUUAACCGCAUUGGAAAGGAGACAUAAAAAACGAGUGCAGUCUAACCGAAGCUCCAGUUCCAAUUCUACUUCUUCCAGUGACUCUGAUAAUUCUACUAGUUCAACAAAUGCACCUAAAUCAAAAGCCAAAACUCGUCGUCGUAAAGAUUCCAUAUUUUCUGAACUGUCAUGGAGUUAUAAUGAAGACUCUUCUCUGGAGGCAAAUCACGGUUCAUCUACGCAUCUCAGUCCUUCAGUCCAUCUGCUAUCGGACAACGAUGAUGAAUAUGAUUUGGUUCAAGCCUUAAUGGACAAUAUUAGGGAUAGUUCAGUGGAAAGAGAUGAUUCGUAUAGCGAUAAUGCAGUUAGUAGUGAUGAUUCGCGUAAGAGAGCGGCUAAAAAAAGGAAGGAGAAAAGAGAAGCCGCUAAAUUACUACAAUCUGAGGAGUCCGCGGAGGGAAGUAAUAAAUCGAAUACAGAAAGUGGAGACAGCAGUGGCAGUGAUGACCAAAAAGAGAAAAAAACAAAGGUAGUCGAUCUGGACUCGAGCGAUGAAGAAGAUUUUGUGGGAGUUCGAAAAUCUAGGCCAGCUUGGAAACGCGAUCCUCUUUUAACGGGCAAACUUACAAGCUCGAGUGAUAGCGAGGACGAUUUUUCGAAAGAGCCAAAAAGGAGGACACGGAGACUUCGUCGAAAAAAAAAUAAUAGUGGUUCGUCUGAGGAUGAAGAAGGGGAAGAAAACCCUGCAAAAUCUAAAAAGAAGAUUUUAUUCUCAGAUUUAAAUGAAUCCAGUGAUUCUGAUGAUUCGGAUAUACCUGAAAAGGACAAAACUCCACAGAAACCGAUCUUGAUUACGGAUGAUGAAGAUACACCAAGCAAAAAAGGCAAAGGACGUCGAAAUAUAAGAGCCCUCUUGGAAGAAGACGAUUUAGCAGAGGCCACUCAGAGGGCACAUAAUGAAGAGAAAGAAAGAAUCAAACGUCUUCAAGAAAGAGAUAAGGCCAAAGAAGUGUACUCUCAAUCUGUGUCCAGUUUUGCAUCUCAAACCGAGGACGAAGUAAAUCCUUUAAUUUUGGAUGCCUCCGACGAAAUUACCAUUAAAGUCCACCCGCAAAUUGUUAAACGAUUAAAACCGCAUCAAAGGGACGGCAUACAGUUUAUGUGGGACUCGUGCUACGAAAGUGUCUCGCAGUUACAGAAAAGCUACAAAGGCUCUGGCUGUAUUUUGGCUCAUUGCAUGGGACUCGGAAAAACUUUACAAGCUUUGGCUUUGAUCCAGACUCUAUUUGCUUAUCAAGAGCUAACUAAAACAAAGCACGUCUUAGUAGUGUGUCCACUCUCAACGGUUUCUAAUUGGAGGAACGAGUAUAAAUUGGCCUACAAGCACAUUAGAGAUCCGCAAGUCAAGUUAUACACUAUUGAAAAUAUUAAAGCAGCCCAACAGAGAUUUGGAAUUAUAAAUAAGUGGUAUAGGACAGGAGGAGUGCUGGUGUUGGGCUACGAGUGCUUUGGCUUGUGUGUUAAUGAGCAAAAGUUGCAAAAACUGAAGAAAUAUCAUCUUAUUGAAAAAGACAAGAUUUUAGAGGCUCUGGUGGAUCCAGGUCCAGAUUUAAUUAUUUGCGACGAAGGGCAUUUGCUACGUAACAAACAAAGUCAAAGGACCUUAGCCCUUAAUAAAGUUAAGACGAGAAGAAGAAUAGUAUUAACGGGGACCCCUCUACAGAAUAAUUUGCUAGAAUAUUACUACAUGGUCAACUUUGUAAAACCUGACCUGUUGGGCACUGAGAAAGAAUAUAAAAUCAACUUCGUAAACCCCAUAAAUAAUGGACAGUUUGAAGAUUCUACUGCUGGCGAUAUUAUGUUUAUGAAGAAAAGAACGCAUGUUUUACAUAAGAUUUUAACUAAUACAGUUCAGAGAGUGGAAGAUACUGAACUAAAGCAAUACUUGCCCAAACUGAUUGACCAGGCAGUAUUUAUAAAACUCAGCGAUUUACAGGUGAAAUUAUAUAAUACUUACUUAGAUUUUGUGAGCACGAAGCCGGUUACUCUCACCAAAGCUGGAAAUGUUAGUCAUAAAACCUUUUUGGCAGAUGUCCAGAUACUUACGUAUAUCUGUUCCCAUCCGAACUUAUUAACUACUGCUGAAAAAAAUCACAAAUCAAAAAUUAAGGAACAAGAUGUCAUAGAUGAAAUGAUGGACGAGGCCGUCAACCAAAAAGUGUUUUCUAGAGCCGGUUGGUACAAAGAUCUGCUGAGUCCCGAGGGAGUUAAAGAGCUGGAAUUAGGAACUAAAAUGAAAGUAGCCCUCAGUAUCGUGGAGGAGGCUAUACAAAAUAAUGAAAAAGUGUUAAUUUUUGCGCAUUCUUAUGCGGAAAUGGAUAAUCUGGAGCAUUUUUUUGCACAGAACUUGAAAUUUAAGAAAAACAAGGAUUAUUACAGAAUGGAUGGCACUAUAAUUCCAGAACUUCGAACUUCCAUGUGUGAUAAAUUCAAUGACAAACGAAAUACUAGCAUUAAGGUGUUUAUUAUGUCAAUUAAGGUCGGUGGCUUAGGAUUAAAUCUUACUGCUGCCAACAGAAUAAUACUUAUGAAUGUCAGUUGGAACCCCUCCUACGAUACCCAGAGUGUCUUUAGAGCGUUCCGGUUUGGCCAAACCAAAGCUGUGUUCGUUUAUAGACUGAUAACUAUAGAUACUGUAGAAGAAAAAAUUUACCAAAGAGGCGUGACCAAAUUAGCAGUAGCGCACAGGGUCGUUGAUAAACAUCAAAUCACGCGCCACUAUAAUGCCGCUGAUAUUCAAGAAUUUUAUGCGGCCAGGCCGACUAUUCAGAAAGACCGGCCUAUGCCGAACGUACCCGAGGAUAGGGUCUUAGCAAAUUUGGUGCUUAAACAUCAGUUCGUAUAUAAGUGGCACGAGCAUCAGGAUUUGCUCGCCAAUAGGCCAGAAGAGGAGUUAGAUGAACAGGAGAAAAAUGCCGCCUGGGAAGAAUAUAACCAGAAAGAAGUACUACCAUCGCAUCAACAUGGUCACCAAAUUCAAAAUAAUAUGGGACACAUGGGUCAGCCGGGUCCUUCUGGAGUGCGAAUUCAAUAUCCAUAUAUUCCUCAGCAACCCAAUCCAUAUAUGUCUCAGGCACCCAACCAACCAUAUUUCAAUCCAACUAACGUUAGGAGCCAAGUCAAACCAGGUGGCUAUACCUUCAACCCAGACCACAGCUAUUCCAGUCCCAAAAAUAUUGUGUUCGUUGAUCGUACCUCCUCGUUUGAUGAUUUCAAUUAUUUUCCUACUAAAGGAAAAAUACUGUUAGGAAAUCCUCAACUUUUAGCUCUUGUGAAAACUGGGAAACAACCUGCAUUUGCUCCUGUAGCGCCAAAUAUACCUAAACUGAAUCCACGUUCUUUGUUUAACGAUGGAAAACAAGGAACUAAUCAAGUGACCCCUCCUCAGCUACCAACAUCUCACGCCCUGAACUCAUCUGUUACACUAACACCAAUAACCACUUCUGUGAGAACCCCAAGCGCAACCCGGAACAACAACAUAAAUACAACAUUCUCAAAGCAGUUCGAAAAAUCAAUUACUUUGGGAAGAGCAACGGCUAACAAUCCGCAUAACUACACACGACAGCAACCAAGAAAUACUCAUCCAAUUCAAAAACCUGCGUUAAACUCUGUAGUUCAAAAUUCAUCACCUAUUCAGAAGCGUCUUGAUCCGGACGUACAGCGGAUUCUCGACAAGCAGAUCAGAGAUUUGGCAGAGAAGAAUCGACAGGAGCUAAUACAGAAUCAGAACAAGAACUUCAAUAAUAAUGUAAUUAACAAACCUGCGGGAUUAAAGGAAUCGCAGAAUUAUAUUAACCUGCCGAAAAUGAGACCUUCAGAAACAGUGAUCAAUGCAACUCCUAGUACUUCUAGUUCAAGCGCUUCACCAAACAAACAGCAUCGUCCGCCACAAUUAAAUAGUAAAAUAACACCUCCACACUCAACUUCUGUUACACCUGUUCUGUCCAACCCGAGAUUGGCGCCUUCCUCACGCCCCACACCACCAACAUCGGCAAACAAAUUGGUGUAUCCCAAUGGCAAACAAAUGACCACACCACAACCCAAGACUAUAGUAAGAACUAUGAAAAUGACCAGUCCGAAACCUCUUAAGACCAAAGCGACGCCUGUCAAAAUUACAUCUACCGCCAACGUGCCUUCGACAAGUGUUCCGAUAGUGGAUUUGUCACAAGUUGAUUCUCCGGAAAAAGGUGGUCAAAAAACGCUUCCGCAGUCACCAGUAUUUCAGCAGCAAGUGCGUAAAUUCAUGGAUCAUUUGCAUCAGUUACAAGCGACUCACGCGAACGGUCAAGUUACAUUGCCAACAACUAGUAGUUUAGUAAACAACUCCGCAAGCCCGAUAACAACCUCUAGGACCUAUACCCCAGCAAAUAGAGUUACAAAUAUCAAUAGCUUACCGAAAGUUUCUCCUGGACGAAAACUUAAAAAGCCAUUAAUUGCUGCACGUAAUUUGUCUGGAUUGCAAUCGAGCGGCUCAUUAUCUGCCACGAAUAAUAAUAAAGUGUCUAAACCACCAGCAGUUCGAAUAAUUAGUUCCGCUCCUUCUACAUCAAGUAGUGCAACGCCAUCAAUAGUAAAUUAUACAAAUCCAUUACCAGUUACCAAUUUACACACCGCAGGACCUAGUAAUAAUCAAACUACUACAAAAUUAGUAAAGAUACCAAAUGGUGUAAUGCAAAACCCUAACGGAAAAAAGAAGAUCAUCAUUUCAGCCAAACCGAGUUCAGUUCAAAAUCAGCAAGUGCCAAAAUCCCCUAUAAGAAUCGGUUCUACAGCUAUUAGUAAUAGUGGUUCCUUACAGAAACUAACGCCAACAGGAUGGAUGUCAAAUCAUAGACCCAUGAGUCAAAACUCACCCGGCAGAAUGAACCAGAAAAAUAUAUCCAAGUCUACGAAUGACCUCUCAAAACAACCCCCACCUCAGAACCAGGCAAAACGGAUUGUGGUUACUCCUAAGAGGGAUCAUAUAUUAAACAGACAUAAUGUACCUCCCUCCAGAGCCAAUUCUCUUCCAACGAUCUCAGUUCCUCAAGCUACUUCGAACUCAAGACUGGAUAAAGAAAAUAGAAGUAAAAGAAGACCCUCGCUUAAAUCAAUCAGCCCUAGAGUUGAGGCAUCUAUAGACUUAUCACAAGAGCGCCCCACUGAGACGAGAAAUUCUUUAUCACCUCAAAUAGUUAAGACACUUAAAGAAAAGGGGGUCAGUAUUAGGCGGAAUGUAAGCCAAGGUAAAAUAUAACAGUAUUGAUGUAAUCAAGCUGGAUUGACGUUCUUUGUGCUCUAGUUAAAUAAAGUUAGUUUUAUUCAGUUUUGUAUUGUUACAAAGUCACUUAACUAUAUUAUAAUUUUGUUAAUUUACGAUCUAAACAAACCACAAGUUGUAAUAGUAUAUCAUAUAUAAUUGAAUUAUAAUAUAUAAUUUAUUCAAUUAUAAGAUUUCUAAAAUCAA